AUGACGGCCUUGCCGUCCCGCCAAGUUGCCGACAGAACAAUAUCUGCCUACUUCAACCCCAAGCAUGUAACCGUUCCAUUCAUCCACACACAUCAAUUCAGAAGAGAAUAUGAGGCCUUCUGGAGUGACCCCGACGCUGCGAACCUCUUGUGGGUCAGCAUCCUCUUCUCAUUUCUGGCCACUGGAGCUGUCGUCCUAGGUGCAAAGGCAGCAUCUACCUUUGAUCCACAUCACCCUUCGGCCUACGUUACUAUGUCAGCACGGUGUCUCGUCGCAGGCCAGUACCAGAAAGCUGCGGAGUUCUCGGUUGAAGCCUUGGUCAUGCACGCUCACUCGCGUUCUUUCCAAAGAAGCAACAAAGGCGUCGACAUGUCUCAACUGCAAGCAUUGGCUCUCCGCUUAGCACAACGGCGAUGCUAUCAUCGAGAGGUAGACAGACUACUGCCGACUGUCACACCUUUCGAAGCAGAGAUGAGACGCCGAGUGUGGUAUGUGAUUCAAUACUACGAUGUACUGUUCUCCCUCGAGCAGGGGCUGCCACCACUUAUUCACGAGGAUACAUUUUCUACCCAUCACCCGACGAAUGUCACGGACGAUGACUUUGACGAACAUAUCGACUACUUGACGCCUCUACCGAUAGCAGAAGCUCAACCCAUGCUUCCCUGUGUCUGUAUCUCGCAUGUAUUACCAAUACUCCGACGCAUUAUUCGCCAUGCUAUGGGUUUCAAGGCAUGCACCUACUCAGACGCCAUGUCUCUCCAAGCCGAACUGGAGAUGUGGCACGCAUCGAUCCCGCCUUGCUUACGUAUACGCGCCAUUAAAGAUACCUCGUUCACGGACCCGAACCACACUGUCAUGCAACGUAUCAUGCUCGAACUCAUCUACAUCAUGGGAACCGUCCUCCUGUACCGUCCGUUCCUCGACCAGAUUAAAUUGAAGAACUACGAGUGUCAAAUGGCGCUCAAAGUCUGUCGGAGGCUGGCUGUGAGAUAUGUCGGGGUCUAUGCUGAGGUUAAUCGUGAAAUGCAGGAAGGCGGAAGACUAUACGAGGAUCAGCCCAUCGCCUUGGGCUUGUCGGUGAAUGACUUCUUGAUAACGACGAUCGUGGCACCCCUCGAAUUCUUCGACUGUCUAAACCUACCGCCAGGUGAAGAAGCUUACAUCAUCAACUUGCUUCAAACAGUAACGCAGCUGUGGUCCAAGAGAUCGGAUGCGUCUACUCAUGCGCGUGAAAGCACGAGGCUGCUCCGGCUCCUUGCAUCAAAGACUCAAACGGCAAGCGAAGGACGACGCCAAGUCCCAGGUCCGGUUUCAAGCACGUCCAUCGCUGCCGAAAGAGAGACGGAGCAAUGUAUGCAGUUGGCGCCGCAGCAAUAUUCCAGCGGCGACGCAGGAUCUGCCGAAUCGGACACUUCUUUAGAAGUCGGCCUCAUUGACUGGAACAACGCUGCGGCAAUCGACUGGGUCAGUUGA